AGCUGAGCAGUACUGAUUUUUUUCUCUCUUCCCAACGUGGAUGUCAGUCUAUCACACUCUGCACUGUCUCUCUCACUGGUGCUCUGGCUGAGAAUCGGAGAAUCUGGGAAUCAGAUUCUCCUCUCUUUUCCUCUUCUCUCUCUUUUUCUCUCAUUUUUUUCCUCUUUUUUAGCAGGGAUGUAGUACUCUUCAUUCCAGAUUAACUUCAGCAACUCCUUGGCUGUCUGACUUGCUUUUGCUGGCUGUCCAGGUUUUUUUUUUCUUUGUCUUUGGUCUUUUAUCCUUCUGCUGCAUUGGUUCUGCAUUGGUUCUGCAUUGGUUUUGCUUGGUUUUCUGACUGGUUUCCAGGGACCAUGGCCCUGAGGGAGAGCGUUCUGCCCAUCAGUGAGGUGUCAGGCCCCUUCCCCGAGGUGGUGGAGCUCAACGUCGGAGGCCAGGUGUAUGUCACCAAGCACUCGACGCUGGUCAGCGUGCCAGACACCACGCUGCAUGCCAUGUUCUCCCGCCGGCCACUCCGCGACCUGCCCCGCGAUAGCCGCGGCCGCUUCUUCAUCGACCGUGACGGUUUCCUCUUCCGCUACGUGUUGGACUUCCUGCGCGACCGGCAGCUGGUUCUUCCUGAGCAUUUCCCCGAGAAGGAGCGGCUCCAGCGGGAGGCUGAGCACUUCCAACUGGCGGAACUCCUCCGGCUGCUGGGACCACGUGUGGCUAAGCAGAGCUCCGGCAAUGAUGAGGGCUGCCAGAGCGACAUCGAGGAGAACUCGCAGGGCAGCGACCUAGCUCGGACCACCUCGGACAAACGCUCAGGCUUCAUCACCCUUGGCUACCGUGGCUCCUACACCACGGUGCGCGACAACCAGGCCGAUGCCAAAUUCCGCCGCGUGGCACGGAUCAUGGUCUGUGGCCGCAUCGCCCUGGCCAAAGAAGUCUUUGGCGAAACGCUCAACGAGAGCCGAGACCCGGACCGUCCCCCGGAAAAGUACACCUCCCGCUUCUACUUGAAGUUCACGUACCUGGAGCAGGCCUUCGACCGCCUCUCAGAGGCUGGGUUCCACAUGGUGGCUUGCAACUCCACUGGGACGGCCGCCUUCAUCAACCAGUACAGGGAUGAUAAAAUCUGGAGCAGCUACACAGAGUACAUCUUCUUCAGACCAGCCAACAGGACAACGUCUCCAAAGCAGGACUGCGAGGACCAUAGGCAUGAGAAGCAUCCAGACAAAGGGAGCGAGAGCGGAGCCUCCCUAAAUGAGCUGUCCACCUCCAGCUCUGAGACACACUCUGAAGCCACCUCGCCUCAGGAUGGCCCAGUGUGCGGGGCCUCCGGCGCCCCUUGCGGGGCCCUGCAGUCUGUCUCCCGGCAACCCAGCACGCUCACCCUGGGCCGACCCUCUAAGAAAGGGUCCGUACAGUGGAUGCAGCUGCCAGACAAGAGGCGCAACAGCGAGCUCUUCCAGUCACUGGUGGGCAACAAUAGCCCCCGGGAGGGAGGCCUCAAUCGAAGGAAGCUGACCGAGAAGCUGAGUGUCGAGGAGGAGAUGAAACAGUGCAUCCAGGACUUCCACAAGAUCAAAAUUCCCUGCGAAUUUCCCGAGCGCAAACGCCAGUGGCAGUCUGAACUGCUCCAAAAGUACGACCUCUAGGGUACCUGUCCAGCCACUGUCGAUCUCAAGUCCCUUUUUUAUUUAUCUGCCUGGUUCUGGUUUCUACUCAGCCACAGCGGAAUAUAAUGUACUUUUUUUUUUUUUAAUGCCGCUUUAAGGCCUGGUCAGAUGUAGCACGCAAGGUGCACAAAUUGGGAGGGGGGGGGGGGUUAUGUAAAUGGUAAUUAUGGAGUGCAGCAGCCCUCUGCUAUCUGGUGAAUCUUGUCAGUCAUUUUUCCUGCUUAUUUACAGAACAAACAGUACGCUGCUGAACCUGGCCUGGAUUAAGUCAGUCUGUAUUCGUUUUGUACCACAAGCUAGUUUCUGGACAACUGACAUUAAAGAACACCUAUCGAGCGCCGCAUUACGUGGACCCCAUGGUGUUUCUGAGGCUUGGUUCUACUACCUUCACCCAAACAAAGUUACACAGGGCAGGGUAAUUUGGCUCAUUGGCUUCGAGCUUAACUGCCCUCAGACGUCAGCGUAUUCACCCUGGGCCUUUUCUGAGGAUACAGCGGUCAUUAAAAAGCAAAAUCCUCUCGUCACAGUCAUCUUUCAUUUCUCAGUGAAUAAAACUCAUUAGGGCCCAGACAAAAGAUGGCUUUGGACUCUAUUGAAAACAUUGAAAAGAAAAAAAAACUUUGACUGCUAGAAUCAAUUUUAGCAAAAUCCCCCACUCCUUCUGCAUGAACAUCAAAUAAAAUGAGACAAAUAAAAAAAGAACAACAAUACAGAUAAAUAUACACAUUUAUCUAAGGAGAAAAACCAGUAAUUGCCAAUAAUUAUUUAAUUUAGGUACUCUAUGUUCCUAUAUAGCCUCUAGUGGAGUAUAUGCUUUGUGAAUGAGCAUUAAAAGGAGGUUUAUUUUGAUUGCAUCUAGACUGUGCUGUACACUGGCUAUCAGUUAUCUUCCAUUAAAGAAUUUCUACCAACAAUUUUAAUUAUUAGUUAACUUGUGAUGUAAUCUAUGUGUGAAUGAAUGUGUUAAGGCCAUGUUACAAGUAUAUUUUAGAGGUGUUUUGACAAUGUUUUUCUUGUCAGAAUUGUCAGUUUAUAUUAAACCACCUAAAGGACUGGAGUGGUCUGGGAGGUAAACCUUAGGACUAUUUUAAUAGCCAUAGGCUAACAGUGUCUAGCAGUCUUUAUUACAAUAGACUUAUGCAGACUUUACAUCUAAAUGUCCACAGUCUGUACACAUCAUGCACAGUAUAAACAUUUGCUCUGCUGGGCCCUCAUUUCCUCAUUGCUGCAUCCAGUUUAGCUCAUGAUUUAUUUUGAUACCAUCUAUACUAAAUUGAUUUUCUAUAAAGCACAUCAAGUUAACACGAGAACACAUAUAAUCGAUUGGAACUGCACCACCAGGGGGAGCACUUUAUUUGUGUAUGUUUAUUUUAUUUAGUUCUGUAAUGAAAUUCCUGGCAGGUGUGUGUGCCACAAUAUUCCCAUAAUUACAUAAAAUACAUAAUGUAGUUGUUAUUAAAAACAUACAUUUCAGGAGUACAACUAUUUAGCUGCGUACUUAAGGAAUAUUAAGGUCAUGGCUGUACGGUGUAAUGAAAAUUCGUAAGCUGUCAGGAACCUGUAUUUUUGUGAUGUUUUUUACAUCUAAUCGUAACAUUUGUUUAAAAUGUAUUGCCAAAUCAUUUUACUAUGUUAGUGUGCAAAUAUGUAUAUAUGUGCAUGGUAAAAUAAAAUUAUCAGUGAGUCAUAUCUGUUGUUGCUGUUGUUGUAUUACAACACAGG